CACCCGGGACCGCCGCGCCGCCAGGGGGCGCCCUCCUCCGGCCUCCCCCCGCACACGGCGCAUGCGCCUCACCCCGCCCGCGUCCCGCCGCUUCUCUCUGGCGUCACUUCCGGCGCCGCCGCGUUCCGCUUCCGGCCGCCUCGUUGCCGGCAGCCGCCACCGAGCCCGGGAAAGGCGCGCGCUCUCCGCGGGACGCUUUUGCUUCCGAGGGAAAACCGGCGCAACCCGCCGCUCUCCGGCCCGGCCCGGUCCCGUCGCUUCUCCUCCGUCGCCGCCGGGGGGGGCUGACGGCGGCUCCGCUCCCUCCGAUGCGGCCGCGGAGCCCAUGAGGAUGGAGGCCCGGGACGCGGCGCGGCCCAACCACGGCUCCGCCUUCAAGGCCUUUCCCGGCCCGCGGGACCCCCUCUGCCAGCCCGACAGCAAGUUUUUGCCCAACAAGAUCGGCGCUUUCGCUUGUCCCGCUGGAAACGCGUCCUGUGCUCUCAAUUACAGCCCGGAAAUCCCCUGCCCCGAGAGCUACCGGGCAGUGGGGGAGCCUCGAGCCUUUGGCUCCAGCGCCAACGGGCAGUGGAGGGGUUUGGUUCCCUCUCUGGGCUCCGUCCCGCAGAAGCCGAGGGUGAGCCGAGGCUCUUACCUUGAUGCCCGCAAAAACCCCAGUGGGACGUCCAACAGUUUUGUAGGAAAAUCAAACCACCAUUGCCAUGCGUCGGCUUUUCCCAUCAAACCGGCUCAGAGUCCUUCCUGGAGCGGGCCGUGUCGCCGCAGCCUGCUUAGCCCCAAGAAAACUCCCCGGCGGUUCAUCAGCACGGCCGAAGAGACUGUUCGAGAGGAAGAGCGAGAGAUCUACAGGCAGUUGCUUCAGAUGGUCACAGGAAAACAAUUUUCCACGUCCAAGCCCUCUUCGCUGUUCCCCUUCCACCUGUCCAGGUGUUCAAAUUCCAGCAAAACCGUAGUGAAAGAAACUCCCAGCAAGAACUCGAAGCUGUUUGAAGCUCCCAGCCUCGCACCAGCCAGCUCAGCAGCCAGCGUCCUCCGAGCGCAGGAGCAGCCCUCGCACAAACCCUCGCUCUACUCCCCCCCCGCCUAUCCCUCCGGUGUCUUUCAGUCCAGUAACUCCACAGCCCAGCAUCAGCAAGAAAAUCUACCAGCAUCUAACGCGCAGUCUGAAGGAUCGGACUCUGUCAUUUUGCUCAAAGUAAAGGAUUCCAGAACCCCAGCACCAAGCCUCCCGUUCUUCCAAGCAGAGCUAUGGAUCAAAGAACUGACCAGCGUCUACGAUUCACGAGCGCGGGAGAGGUGGCGGCAAAUCGAAGAGCAGAAAGCACUGGCCUUACAGCUGCAAAGCCAGCGGCUGCAGGAGCAGGAACACUCGGUGCAGGAUCUGGUGGAUUUAAAUCUUCGAGUACCCCUCGAGAAGGAGAUCCCUGUCACGGUGGUUCCGGAAGAAAAGGAGGACGCUAAAUCAGCUGACGGCGAAGAGGAGUUCCCCGAAAUCACCGAGGAAAUGGAAAAGGAAAUAAAGAACGUGUUCCGAGGUGGGAACCAGGACGAGGUCCUCAGUGAAGCUUUUCGGUUAACAAUCACUCGGAAAGACAUUCAGACCCUCAACAAUCUGAACUGGCUCAACGAUGAGAUAAUUAAUUUCUACAUGAAUUUGUUGAUGGAGCGGAGCAAAGAGAAGGGCUUGCCGGCAGUUCACGCGUUCAAUACUUUCUUCUUUACCAAAUUAAAAACGGCGGGGUACCAAGCCGUGAAACGGUGGACUAAGAAAGUGGAUGUCUUCUCUGUGGAUCUCCUCUUGGUGCCUAUUCAUCUGGGAGUGCACUGGUGCCUGGCCGUUGUAGACUUCAGGAAAAAAACCAUCACCUAUUACGACUCCAUGGGUGGAAUCAACAGCGAGGCCUGCAGGAUACUGUUGCAAUACUUAAAACAGGAAAGUCUUGACAAGAAGAGGAAAGAGUUCGACACUAACGGCUGGUCGUUGCUGAGUAAGAAGAGUCAGGAAAUCCCGCAGCAGAUGAACGGCAGCGACUGCGGGAUGUUCGCCUGCAAAUACGCCGACUGCAUUACCAAAGACAAACCCAUCAACUUCACUCAGCAACACAUGCCCUAUUUCCGCAAGCGGAUGGCCUGGGAAAUCCUUCACCGCAAGCUGUUAUGAUGCCGUUGUGCCGAAAAGCCGCUUCCUUGCGAGAUUGUCUCAGAAGUGCCCAGAUUUGCCCCGCUCCGCAGCCUGAGCCGGGGCAGGCGUCGACUCAAAAGACACACAGCAAGCGAACUCUGUAUCCUAUUUUUGAUAAAACACCGUUCACGGACCAAUGCGCAAUAGAAAUGUUCAGAAGCACACUUGCUUUUUUUUUUUUUCCUUCUUUUUCUUUUUUUUUUUUUUAAAUUCUAUUUCAAGACCUAUUUUUACAAGCAAUUUCAGGUGCUGAGACUCGAGGGGACAGCAUUCAAGGAACGUUAAAUUUUUACGUUGGCUUUUUUUUUUUUUAAAUUUUUUUUCUUUUUUCCAGCUCUUGCUGCCAGCUUUGCUGAGCUGAUGGCGUGACUUUUGGUUUUUGGGGGCGGGGGGGGGGGG